CCGCCAAUUUCUUACAUAUAUAUAAACCAGGCCAGGAUGUAUGAACACCAAGCAAGACGAAGAACAACAUGGCAACCUGCACAUCCACCAACAACCUCUGCCCACAAUGCAGCCAACUACUCCACUCCAUCAACAACAACAGAGCUGACAGGAUUCCGGAAGAGUAUCUCAUCCGCGACGACCCAGCCGUCUACCCGGUCAUAUUCUACUUCCACACCCGAAUGAACCCGCUUGACCCACGCACCGCCCAGGAUCCUGCUGAAGAAGUAGAGGCAGAUUUCCACCCGACACUGGGGCGAGAAAUAAAGGUGCAUCGGGCCAUCAGUCCGAGGACCCUGGACGGGUACGUCACGUUCUGGUACAUGGUUGAUUUCCCGAUAAAGGGAAUCGUUGACCAGCGAACCAUGGACGGGCUGUUCAGCGGUAUAAGGCUCAAUGUCAGAGACUGGAAGGUGAAGAUCCCGACCGAAGGCCAGUGUACGAGCUUUGCAAGGCUGUGGUUUUUUAGGGACCACCGUGACUAUGUGGAGGAAUUGGUUGCUGACCCUGAACGGGAGGAAUUUGGGCGAGCAGUUGUUAUUGAUUAGCAAAUGCCAAUAGGAUAGUAAUGAUGUUGAUUAAUUAUCUAGUAAACGGAGAGUUUCCGUAAGAUGUG